CAUUAAAACACUAACCCAUUAUUGACCAAUCUUCGUCCCAAACUCCCACACACACCCUAUUGUUCUUGUCUCUCCCUAUAUAUAAUCCACUACUUUCCCUUCUAUCUGAAACCCCUGAUUUUUUAUUUUGAAGGUAGCCACUAGCCACAGCCAUGGAGAGAGCAACAUUGCUCCUCAAACUACUCCCUCUAAUUCUAUCUCUUCUAAAUGCUCUUCUUACCUCCUCCUUAGCUGCUUCAGAAGAUAAACUGUUAGAUGCAUCCAAGUUGGAGAUGUUUGUGGAUGAGCUUCCUCAUAUACCCAAAAUCCUUGGCUACAAGGUUUCCAAUGGCGUCCCCGAAUCAAAGUCUCUCAAGAUUGGCAUGUUCAAGAAGAAAUGGAAAUUCCACAGGGAUCUCCCUCCAACAACGGUUUACGCUUACGGAUUAUCCAAACGCACAGCAUCAGUACCUGGUCCCACCAUCGAGGCCCACUACAGAGUUGGGACCCACGUGACGUGGCAAAACCAUCUCCCUCCAAAACACAUUCUCCCAUGGGACCCAUCUAUCCCCGUCGCCUCACCCAACACCUCCGGCGGCAUCCCCACGGUGGUUCACCUCCACGGCGGGAUCCACGAGCCCGAAAGCGACGGAAACGCGAACUCAUGGUUCACCGCACAGUUCAAAAAGAGAGGACCCACCUGGACCAAGAAGACCUAUCACUAUCCAAACAACCAACAACCAGGAAAUCUAUGGUACCACGACCACGCCAUGGGGUUGACCCGGGUCAACCUCCUCGCCGGGUUAAUCGGAGCCUACAUCAUCCGCCACCCUGCCGUCGAAUCCCCGCUUGGAUUACCCUCCGGCGACGAGCUAGAUCGGCCGUUGGUCUUGUUCGAUCGCAGCUUCCGGAGCGACGGUUCGAUCUACAUGAACUCCACCGGAAACAACCCUUCUAUCCACCCGCAGUGGCAGCCGGAGUAUUUCGGCGACGCCAUCAUCGUCAACGGCAAAGCCUGGCCACGCCUCACCGUUCGCCGCCGUAGAUACAGAUUCCGCAUCAUCAACGCUAGCAACGCGAGAUUCUUCAGACUCUUCUUCACCAACGGUCUGAGAUUCAUACACGUGGCAUCUGAUUCCGCUUACAUCGAGAAACCGAUCACCACCAAUGAAACCUUACUGGGGCCAUCUGAGAUCACUGAUGUUAUUGUUGACUUUUCAGAGUCAAAGAGCAAUGUAGCUAUUCUGGCCAACGAUGCAGCGUAUCCUUACCCUUCCGGUGAUCCCACUGAUGAAUUUACCGGUAAGGUUAUGAAGUUUACCAUCUUACCCGGUAAGCAGGUUGACACGUCACGGAUUCCGAAAAAACUGUUGAGUUACCCUGGUGUGGAUUUAACCGAUUUAUCAUCCGGUGUGUCGCGUACACGGUACAUUGCUAUGUAUGAGUACGCGAGCAGCGAGGAUGAGCCGACUCACUUGUACAUGAAUGGGAAACCGUACGAUGCGCCGGUUACGGAGACUCCGAAGGAGGGGUCCACUGAGGUGUGGAAUGUGAUAAACUUGACGGAUGAUAAUCACCCACUUCACAUUCAUUUGGGUUUGUUCAAGGUGUUGGAUCAGACGAAGGUGGUUAAUUUGGAUGAGUUUAAGGAUUGCAUGGUGAAAAUCAACGAUGCGAUUAAGUGCCACGUGGGUGAGUAUGCACGAGGGGAGAAGGUGGAGGUGCCAGGUCAUGAGAAAGGGUGGAAGAAUGUGUUCAAGAUGAGACCAGGGUUCGUGACGAGGAUUGUGGUGAGAUUUGGUUACAUACAUACCAAUGCAUCGUAUGAGUUUGAUGCAACCGCAGAGCCUGGCUAUGUGUAUCAUUGUCAUGUAUUGGACCAUGAAGACAAUGCCAUGAUGAGACCCUUCAAAAUCAUCAAGUGAAGUUUAUCAAGGGUAGCCAAAAAAAUGGUACCUUGAUUGUGAAUGUUGUCACUUUCUUGCAAGGAAUAUUAAAGGUUAGAAAGAUCUUAAUUAGGUGAUUUAUACAAAAAUAAGUAGAUGCGACGAAAGAUUAGGAAUUUGCAGAAAUUUGUAUACUUGAUCAUUGACAUUUGACAGUAACGAAGGAAAGUGUGUGCUAUAUUGUGCUAAAUAAAAUGCAAUGAGAAUUAUAGCAUUGUCUUUGAGAAUUCCAAGUGUUGUAGUGCGUGUUUGGAUUUGAGUUUGCAAAACAGUGUUUAUGUCAAUGUUGGUUGGUUGUAAUCUGCUGUGUUGUAAUCAACAUCCACAAUGUCCUCCACAAAA